CGGGGCUACACUAGUAAAUAUUACAAAUGCCGCGGCGAAAAAGAAAUAAUAAAAAGUGAUCAACACAAGAUGAUCUUCGUUCAUCAACACAUACAAACACACGGCACCCCCCUCCAAACUCUGAUUUGAGUCUUCCAACUCACCGAUUCGGAUUUCCGUUGGUUGGUGCUUCUGAUUGAUUUGUUUGUGGGAAGAUGCAUCCUCCCUUAACGUUACACAAGCACCCAAUGUGCGCUGAAAUUAUUGAGCUGUUCCAGAAGUGUCAUGUGGAACACCCUGUUGGGAAAUUCUUUGGUGAAUGUACAGAUUUGAAAAUAAAGUUGGAUCGCUGUUUUAGACAAGAAAAAGCUCUAAAGCGAAAGGCCAACUUUGAAGAGAGCAAAAAGUUCAAGGAGCAACUUCGAGCUUUUAGGAAAGAAAAUGCUGUAAGUGGCAGUCAAUAGAACACAUAACUUGGCACCAAGUUGGUAUGAUACACAUUUUGCCGCUUUCAAAAGAAGAAGAAUAUAUGGUCAUAUGGUGUAUCAAAUAUUGUUUACUUGCUGUAUUGAUGAAUCAAUUUGUAUGUAGCUCAAUUAUUUUACCUUUGACCAUGAGCAUAACAUCUUGUUUAGAUUCUACCUGAGAGUUCAAAGUUCUGUUAGGAUCAUGAAUUGAGAAUUUAUAAUGCCAAUUCUUGGCAUGAUAUAUCUGUUGCUUAUGACGAUUGAGGUUGAUGUAUUAGUUGCCUUAAGAGCAUAUCUAAUAGAAAGAGACAUUUAUCAGUUUUAAAA